AUGGACGCCAACGACGAAGACGACGAUGUGCGGCUGCAGCGCAUUGCCGGCGACCUGCUCAGUGACUUUGACGGGAGCCUCGAGUCCUUUCUCUUCAAGCCAGCGCCGGCUGUGACUGCAUAUGGGUCCACAAAGACCAAAGGCUUACGGGUCCGCGCCCGCGUCCGGUCUCGCGAGACCGCCCGCAUGGCCAACCUGCUGGAGCAUUUCCAAGAGUUGCCCCAGCUGCUCGACGUCCAUCUGGCCCGCUGGCUGCCCAUGCUGGCCGAUGCCUUUCUGCAGUCCGUCGAGCGCAACAGCCAGUGCUCGGCCAAAGCGAAUGCCACAGCAGCCGCCGCCACAGCCGCCGCAUUCGCUGAAGCAGCCACCGCCUCCCAUGGCGGGGCAGGAGCGUCGCCCUCCACCUCGUCCCUUGUCAUGCCUCUCCAGGCUGCCGUGGCCCGUCUGUUGUACACCGUCUGCAAGGUGCGCAGUGAAAAAGUCGUUGUCGGCUUCCUGCCUGUCGAGACGCGGCACUUGGAGCCGCUGCUGGGUGCAUUGGAAGCGCAGGCGGCCGACAUCAGCGGACAACCUCACAGCAACGGUCGAAGUAGCACCAGCAACAGCGGAAACGACGGCCGUGACGGCAACGAACACGGCAGCUGGACGUGGCAAGAACGGUAUCUCGUGCUGCUGUGGCUGUCCCAGCUGCUUCUGGCGCCGUUUGACCUGUCCACCAUCUCGACCGGCCGUCGCGGACAAGUGGCCGACGAAGAGGACGAGGAGGAGGGCGAAGAGGCCGGCAGCGGCUCCAAACACAGCCGUCUGCCUGCGGUUGAUGGUUUCACGUGGCCCGGCGUCGACGCAACCUCCACACCCAUCACCAUCCCUUCCAUCACCUUGCGCGUCUUGCCCCUUGCUGUCCGCUAUCUCGCCGUCCCCGGCAAAGAACGCGAUGCGGCCCGCGCGCUGCUUGUCCGCAUCGCCAUGCGACGCGACAUGCAGGAACUAGGCAUCCGACAGGCCCUCGUCCGCUGGGCGCUGGGAUCGCUCGACGGACGUGCACCCGCCAUCCACCAACCGUACUACUACAUCGGCACGUUGUCCUUCUUGGCCGGUAUUUUGUCGGCCGCCGCAGGCGCUUCGGAUAUGGACGAUGCGCUGGCGUCCAUUUUUGCUGCUGUAAACGCUGUGGCUGACGAGGACGGGCCCGAGGCGGCGAAUGCCGUCUUUGCCGCCAUCCGCUCGUCGGCUCUCGCUCGCAAGAUGAUGAUCAAGGCCUCGCGCGCCGUGGCUGUGCGCUACAUCCAGCUGCUCGACCAGCUCGGCGCGCGUGGCCCCGACACCAACCCGGGCCUUGUCGAGGCCGCCGACGGCGCCAUCGAGACCACCAUCGGCUACCUUCUCGGUCGCCUCGCCGACAACGACACGCCCGUGCGCUUUGCCGCGAGCAAGGCCCUCAGCAUCAUCACCCUGCGCCUCCGCCCGGACAUGGCCGCCCAGGUCAGCGACGCUGUCCUCGAGGCGCUCGAGCGCAAUGUCGUCGCACAGAAUGGAAAGCUGGACCUGACCGCUGUUGAUCCGCUCGAGUGGCACGGGCUCAUGCUGACUCUCGCCCACCUCGUCUAUCGCCGUUCGCCGCCGCUCGAUGCCCUGCCCGCCAUUGUCCGCGCCCUCCAGCGCGGCCUCGCGUUUGAGCGCCGCAGCGUGUCUGGCGGUGCCACCGGCACCAAUGUGCGUGACGCCGCCUGCUUCGGCAUCUGGGCCCUGGCUCGCCGCUACACCACGGCGGAGCUGCUCCCCCUCAAUGUGCUGCAGACACUGGCCACCGAUCUCGUCGUCGCUGGCUCUCUGGACCCGGCCGGCAACAUCCGCCGCGGCAGCUCCGCCGCGCUGCAGGAGCUGAUUGGCCGCCACCCAGAUACCAUCUGCGAGGGCAUUCCCCUCGUGCAGGCCGUCGACUACCACGCCGUGGCCCUGCGAUCGCGCGCCGUCACCGACGUGGCCCAGCGCGCGACGGCCCUGGCGCGCAGCAUGUACGGCGUCGCGCUCCGCGACGCUUUGCUGGGCUGGCGCGGCUUUGCCGAUGCAGGCGACGCGGGCGCCCGUCGCACGGCUGCACAGUCGUUUGGCCAGGUCACCCUCUUAAUGGCGAUGGCGGAAGAGGGCCGGGGCCCAGGCACGUCGCCGCUCGAUUACUUUGCAGCGUCCGUGCGCACGCUUGUUGGCCGUGUCGAGUCUCUCCAAGCGCGCCAGGUCGAAGAGCGCCAUGGCUUCUUGUUGGCGCUGGCGGCCGUCUUGGAUAUUUUCCCGUCCUUGGUCGAGGCGGCUCGUGAGACUGAGGGCGAGUCCAGCAAGUUGACAGAACUGUGCCUUUCCGUGCUCGACCAGUUGCACCAAGUCUUGCACAAGUGCAAGGCCCUCAGCGCCGCCCGCCGGCCUGAUCUCUUAGCCGAGGCGGCCAGCCGUCUCAUUGUGUCGUCGUUUCCGAUUGUUCAAGCCGCGGUCGUAUUGCGCGGCGGGUUUGACUGGACACAAGGAAGUCGCAGCCUCGCCCUGCUCUCUGGCCCUGCUCUCCUCGCUGAGGCCAAUUUGUUGCCCGCAACACUCUUCCACAAGACAGUAGUGGCUCUGGACUCUGCGUUUGCGUCGGGCCCAAGAACAGACUCGGACUCUGCUUCCAGUACCACACCCCACACUGCUCUUCAGGCCUUUGUCAAUCUUGCCGCCGCUUGCCUCUCAGGUCCAAAUGCUUGGCUCGGUCGCCAGGAAACCGACGUCAUUGCUGCCGCGUCGGACGCCGCCCUCAUUUUACUCGUGGCCCUAGGUCCUUCGCCUGUCGCCCCUGCUGUCCCUUCCACGUCCACACCUUCCGAGUCUCCUGUCCCGCCGACCCGUGACUCACUCGUUUCCUUUUGGUCGAGCGUCGUGUGCCGUCCCAAAGCCGCUGCUGCCGUAUCCUUCAAAGCCCGCGCCAGCGGCUCAGGCACCACAGGCACUGGAUACGUAUUUGCCCUGACCAAGGCAUUUUCUCUGCACGAGAUUUCGCGCACAACGGCAACACUAGAGGGUAGUGCGACGGGUGAUGACGAUCCGAUCAGCCGUGCUCUUUUGGGCCGAUGGGCCGCCGACCGGUCCAUUGACACGCGCAUAGCACUGCUGCAGGCUCUGGCCCAGUGUCCUGCCGUCUUGAUGCAGCGGGCAACGACUGCGCCUUCCGUAUCGUCGGCGUCAGUCACGCCGGCGGCUCCAGGUAGUCGUUUCCGGUUGAUUCUUGCUGCCGGUCUCGAUGACUAUACCACCGACGCCCGUGGCGACGUUGGCUCCCACGUGCGUAUGCAUGCCCUGCGUGCCACACAGGUCCUCUGGUCACAAGAGGCUGUUCUUGGGGAGGGUGCCACCCCCAAGCCCGCCGGCGCCAGUAUUCUCUUUUUUCGCGUCCUACGCCUGGCCGCAGAGAAGCUCGACCGCGUGCGCGUAGCCGCCCAGGCCACACUCGCCCAGGCAGUCGGCGGCGAGCGCAGUACCUACCUGCAGUCUCUGCCGUUCUCCUCGCAGGCGUACUUCCGCUGUCUUCUUGGUCUCUGGGAGGACGUUGCGGACGAUGAAGGUGGAAGCAACAUUCUUUCCUCCUCCACCACCUCCAUAGCUGCAGCUGCCGCGAAAUCGGCAGACGGCGCGUCGCCGUCUCUCGCGUCAGCAGCGACAAAGUGGAUGGCAGCACUCAUGCGGGGCUACGUCACCUCCGCAGACACGGGCAACGAAGAACUGGUCGUUGCCAGCCGCGCAGCCAUGGUGGACUACAUUGUGAAUUCCGGUGGCGGACAUCAGCAACGCCAAUCUCGGCAGCAGUGCCUGUGGCAAGCCUUGUUACGCAACUUGCCCGGCAGCAGCGCUGCCGCAACUACCGCUGCUGGUAAGGUCAUCACGCCGCCGGAUCGGAUUGUCGUCCCAACCCUGGAGAUUAUCGCCUUCCUGUUCAACGCCGGCGUCUUUUUACCACCAGCAUCCACGGGGUCGAACCCGACCACUACGCCUUGUCACGCCGACCUACUCGACCUCUCCCGCCAAGUCAACGAGGCCGUCGAAAAGGCCGGCAGUGUGCGCAAGGUGGAGGCGUGCGUCAAGGUCUAUGGCGCAGUGGCGGCGGCAUCAGACAGAGCUGGCAGCUCUGUGACAGUUGAAAAUAAAGCCGCCGGCACUGUUGCUCGUGCAAAGUUGGCCGAACUCCUGCAGCACCCGUGGCCGCGUGUCCGUAAUGCAGUGGUGGAUGAGCUUUGGGGAUUAGGGCUGGGCCAGGGGCUGGGCGUAAGCUUAGAUACGGCGGCCGGGGCGGGCGCUGGUCCAGAUCCCGGUCCGGCUGCCUUUGACAUUUUGAAGGGUGUGGAUUGGGUAGCAGCGGAUACAGCAGCCUUGCAGGCACUGGCUGGCGAGUUGGAUUUUGUGUGA